CGACGAAUAUUUAAAGUAUGUAUCUCCUUUUUAAAAAUUUAUCAACUAAAAGAGUUGAUUUUAUCAAGGGUACCUGUAAAACUAUGCAAAUUAUAUAUUUUGGAGAACUGUCAUUGACCUCCGAGUGGUGAGCUAUAAAAUGAAUCGCCCAUAUCCUGCAAGCCUGAAGGAUAUUACUCACAAGCACUUAUCUUAAAAGAUGCGCGGUCAUUGUGCCUUCUUAUCAGUUCAGUGGCAACAAAGUAUAAGAAAACUAUUUUGGUGAAUGUGACAAUGCGUAAAAAAAUAAAAAUGUAUGUCAAAAGUAGACGCACGUGGUGGCUUUGGGGGACAGAGACAACAAAAACCAGUUGUUCAAACUUGGCAGUGAAUUCUCAUCACUUGUUUCAACUUCGAAAACAAGUUCUACUGCUAUGCUGUAGAGUUUAUUUUUCAGAGUUUACCGCAAACACCCAUGACGUUUUAAUAUUCAAGAACCGACCGGCGGCGACAGAGUGGUGCCGGCAGACGAAUGGUUAACUGCAAAGCGGUAAAAUGAAUAGUAAAGUAGCACGCGUCAUACGUGUUCACCUCGUCUCCGCGAACCAUCAUGCGAUAUAGGUUUCGAUCUCAGAAGCGAUUUCAAUAUUUUCUCCCAAUACAUAACUCUUAAAAAACUCGAGCCGUCUUUAGAUUUUAUAUAUUUACUUAGCUUCAACAUAUGGCUUUGUUUUAUAAAAUUUGAUGAAUAUUUUAACCCUAUUUAUACUUGUUUUACGCGUAUAGUUGUUCAUGUCAGCACAUUAUCAGUGACUAACUCCCGUUAGUUAAUUGUGUCCUUUAUCAGACGACGGUGGUUUCAUGGUGUUCGGAAGCGCACGUGGUCGUUUCCCACUACCAAGCCGCAGUGUGAUGCAAUAUUUGCGUGAAGAACAAUCAGAGAAGUUCAAAAUUUCGCUGAAGAUAUAACAGCGGUUAAGUUAAACAUGUGUUUAAACUCAGUGCUUAAUUAAAAUAAUAUUUUUGUUGAUAAUAAAACGUUUAAAAUGGCUAAAGUGUCGACAGUAGAAGGAUUGGCGCCGAAGACUAUGGAUGUUGGUGUAGAAAGUCGGGAAAAUGAUGACGAGUCGUCAAAUGGUGGUGUUCGACUCAAAAAGGAGUUAAAUUUGUUGAACGGUGUUGCCAUAAUAGUGGGAGUAAUUGUAGGGUCCGGGAUCUUCGUGUCUCCGAGCCUGGCGCUGAAGCAUUCAGGGUCGAAGGGAAUGGCCCUUAUAGUAUGGGUUCUCUCAGGAUUUCUAUCAAUGGUCGGUGCACUCUGCUAUGCCGAGUUAGGUACAAUGAUCCCGAAGUCUGGCGGGGACUACGCGUACAUUGGCGAGGCUUUCGGUCCAUUGCCGGCUUUCCUGUACCUGUGGGUGGCUCUGUUUAUCCUUGUGCCGACCGGGAACGCAAUCACUGCCCUCACCUUCGCGCAGAACAUCCUUCAACCACUGUGGCCCGCCUGCACGCCGCCAGUCGAAGCUGUAAGCCUGAUAGCGGCUUUAAUUACCUGCUUUCUCACGGUCAUAAACUGCUACAACGUGAAAUGGGUAACGCGACUGCAAGACUCUUUCACGGCAGCCAAGGUCCUGGCGCUUCUCGUAACAUUCUUCGCCAGUUUGUGGUAUCUGUUCUCUGAGCACACAGAAAAUCUGCAGUCCAUUAUGCAGGGUACCAACAUGAGGGCAGGCGAGAUCGCUAUAGCAUUCUACACAGGUCUUUUCUCGUAUUCCGGGUGGAAUUAUCUGAACUUCGUCACAGAGGAAUUGAAAGACCCAUACAAAAACCUUCCCCGAGCCAUUUGCAUAUCAAUGCCCGUUGUCACCCUGGUGUAUGCCCUCACCAACGUGGCCUACUUCGCCGUGCUGACCAACGACGAGAUCCGGGCUUCUGAAGCCGUUGCCGUGACCUUCAGUGAGAAAAUCCUCGGCAGUUUCUCCUGGAUAAUGCCUCUGUUCGUCGCAUUGUGCACAUUUGGAUCCUUAAAUGGAGCCAUAUACGCUUCCUCGCGCUUGUUCUUCGUCGGCGCUAGGAACGGCCACCUGCCUCUGGCUAUAUCGUUGAUCGAUAUAAGGAGGAUGACGCCUGUACCAUCCGUCAUAUUUAUGUGCCUGGUGACCUUAGUGCUGCUGAUGACCAACAAUGUGGAAUCUCUUAUGAUCUACGUGACCGCCGUGGAGGCCAUGUUUACACUCUGCUCGGUCACCGGCCUGCUCUGGCUGCGGUACAAACGACCACAAAUGACACGCCCUAUAAGGGUCAACCUCCUCUUACCAAUUGCAUUCCUCGUUAUAUGCGCAUUCCUAGUCAUUUGUUCAUGCUUUACAAACCCUAAGGAAGUCGGACUAGGUAUCGCCUUCAUUCUCAUCGGAGUACCCGUCUAUUGUGUCUUCAUAAAAUGGGAAUCAAAACCCCAAUGGAUGCAAAAUGCUUGUUAUUCCUUCAAUAUGAUGUGUUCUAAACUAUUUCUCUGUUUGCCCGAAGAAUCUAAGGAGUUAUGAUCUUAACGUUGGUAAGCUUUAUAUCCUUUAUCUGAGAUAUGAGUGAUCUUAUAUUUUUAAUUUAAAUUUGUAUAGUUGAACUACAAUAUUACGCGUUUAAGGCUUAUUAUUGUAGGUCGACGUACCAAGCAUAAUAAUAUAAACAUAUAAUAGCUUUAUGACAAUACAUGAUUCCUAUGCACUGUAAGAUUAGGUUUUUGAAUAUACUGUUUGUAUGAAAUCAUAAUAAAUUUCGUAUGACUA